UUUUUUGAAAGACCCAGGGGCAACUUCGAGCAGCGCGCGGCUGGAAGCAGCCGCAACAGCCGAGUAACAACCGGAAGCCGUUAGUUGGAGUCUGCGGUCUGACUUCUGUUCCAAUCUCGGUGGCAGCGGUGAUCGCUGGACGAAGAGCGCCUAGGGCAGUGGACCAAAAUGCCAAAUAUAAAAAUCUUCAGCGGCAGCUCCCACCAGGACUUAUCCCAGAAAAUUGCGGACCGCCUGGGCCUGGAGCUAAGCAAGGUUAUGACCAAGAAAUUCACCAACCAGGAGACCUGCGUGGACAUUGGUGAGAGUGUGCAUGGAGAGGAUGUCUACAUAGUGCAGAGUGGUUGUGGUGAAAUCAACGACAAUCUAAUGGAGCUUUUGAUCAUGAUUAAUGCCUGCAAGAUUGCUUCAGCCAGCCGGGUUACCGCAGUCAUCCCGUGCUUCCCUUAUGCCCGGCAGGAUAAGAAGGAUGAGAAUCGGGCCCCAAUCUCUGCCAAGCUUGUUGCAAAUAUGCUGACUAUAGCAGGUGCAGAUCAUAUCAUCACCAUGGACCUACAUGCUUCUCAAAUUCAAGGCUUUUUUGAUAUCCCAGUAGACAACUUGUAUGCAGAGCCCGCUGUCCUGAGGUGGAUAAGGGAGAAUAUCUCUGAGUGGAGGAACUGCAUUAUUGUCGCGCCAGAUGCUGGUGGAGCCAAGAGAGUGACCUCCAUUGCAGACAGAUUGAAUGUGGACUUUGCCUUGAUUCACAAAGAACGGAAGAAGGCCAGCAAAGUGGACCACAUGGUGUUGGUGGGAGAUGUGAAGGAUCGUGUGGCUAUCCUUGUGGAUGACAUAGCUGACACCUGUGGUACAAUUUGCCAUGCAGCUGACAAACUUCUCUCAGCCGGAGCCACCAGAGUUUAUGCCAUCUUGACUCAUGGAAUCUUUUCUGGCCCAGCCAUUACUCGCAUCAACAGUGCGUGCUUGGAAGCAGUAGUGGUCACCAAUACCAUACCUCAGGAGGAUAAGAUGAAGCAUUGCUCCAAAAUACAGGUGAUUGGCAUCGCCAUGAUCCUUGCGGAAGCCAUCAGGAAAACUCACAAUGGGGAAUCUGUUUCCUACCUAUUCAGCCAUGUCCCUUUAUAAUAGAAUAACUUUGGGAUUAUUCUAUUUUAAGAUAAAAGAAAAGAAAAAUGAAAAUAUACCAUGCCCAUUGAUUUCAUUUGGUAUUUGAUGAAAAACUCAGCAGAAAACUUAUCUUGCUCCAGUGUAGCUUUCUACCUUCCGCAUCAGGUGUAUGAGAAUUUAUCUUAAAUUGGGAAGAGAGAGAUUGAGAAUAAUUGCUAGGAUUUCCUAUCAAGGUUGUCUCGUUCUGGCUUCUUUGAUGAUUUUGUGAGCCUUGCAACCUUAUAGUUCAGCUGCUUUCAGACUUUGAGGGUGUUGUGUGGAGAUGUUUGAAAGAGAUUGGGGAUGCUCAGACUACUUUACAUGUGAAUGCUUCAGGGUUUAUUUUGUUCAGGACAACUAGCAAUGCAGCCAACCCAAUCUACCACUCCUCCACCUCCCCACCCCCUACCCUCUUCUAUUUCCUGUCUUGUGCACCCCCUUCCCACCCUGUAUGUCACCACUUCUCCAAGAUCUAUGCUAAACUGUAUUAAGAGCUCUGAGCGACCUCAAAUCUAGUUCACCUGAUGGCUGAAACCCCUGCAAGGCGGGAGAAAAACUUUCAGCUUGAACAGCCAUUGGGUGGGAUCAUGAGAGGAGGCUGCAAAGUGCAGCAAAUGCUCUUGAGAGGAAGAAGAACAAUCUAUCACCGUCUGUUCGAAGUCUAUGUAUCUUGGCUUCUCCAUUAUGCCUGUUCCUUUUGAUUUAGUUUUACCUCCAAUCAUCUUGACCUUUUCUUGGCCAAAUAUCCUGACGGGUCCAAAUGACCAGUGUACCAGUCUUCUGAAAAGCAAAUUCAUUCCCUGCUAUGUAAUCUCUAACAUUUGCGUUAGAUGUUUUUGCUGUAGCUUAAUCUUAGCUGACUACCACCGUGGUAGUAGAUUUUAGGUGGUCUUGUAGUGCCUUUUGAUUAAGCAUUUAAUUGUAAUCUCCCUUCCUUGUAUUUAGUUGGCCUCUCAGAUGACUUAAGAUUUAUAUUUAAAAGUUGAUGUCAUUGUUUUUUGUAGAGGAGACCAGUAAAAUACCUGCAUGUGUGUGGGAAAAAAAGGUCCACAUCUAGAUACAUCAUGAAAUUUCUGCUCUCCAAGAAAAUAAAGACAGACCCUAAAAGUUUCUAAAAGGUAGAAUGCAAACAAGAUAAUUUUAAAGAAGCAAUAUUCAAAUUGCUCUCAAACUUCUCGUUUGACCUCCCAAGCAAUAAGCAAAAUUGAACAAUUUUUUUGCAGUUCUGAAAGAAUAUUGAUUUUAACCUAGAUUUCUGUGCCCAACCAAAUGAUAAUUUAAAUUUGAGGGCAAUAUUAAAGCACUUUUAUACAUUAAAGGACUCAGAAACUUUACCACCAUGAAUGCUUUCUGAAAGCAUCACUUGAGGAUACUGAAAAUAAAAAAAUAAUAAAUACAACCAAGAGGAACACAUGGAAUAAGAGAGAAUGGUGAGCAAAGAAAGAAGUGAAAUUGAUCAAAAACAUUUUUUCCAUGAAGCUAUUGUGAAGAUUAUCACAGAUAUUAAGACAAAAUUCACAUAAAAAUUGGACCACAUCAUAAAGCAAAUUAUUUAAAAAUCUGUAAAUAAAAUUCCAGACGAUAUCCACAAAACAUGAGAGGUUUGUAGUGUUUAGGGUUAGUCUAAGUAUAUUAAUGAUCUUAUCUAGUUUGGGGGAGUGGUUACUGAUGCCAAUAAUUGAUAUUAUAGAAAAAACUGAGUCUAAAUAUGUAUUUUAGAUUGGAUUAGAUUUGAUUUGAUUUG